AUGGCGGGUGCGUAUACGGAUCAGCUGGAAGCCUACUUCAAGAGAGCAGAUUUGGAUGGAGAUGGCAGGAUCAGCGGAGCUGAAGCCGUCGCUUUCUUUCAGGGUUCCAAUUUGCCCAAACAAGUUCUUGCUCAGAUAUGGAUGCAUGCUGAUCAGAACAAAACUGGUUUUCUUGGUCGCCCAGAAUUUUAUAAUGCUCUCAGACUUGUGACUGUGGCACAGAGUAAGAGAGAACUAACGCCGGAUAUUGUCAAGGCUGCAUUAUAUGGUCCGGCCGCUGCAAAAAUUCCUGCUCCACAAAUUAAUCUUCCACCCACAUCUGCACCUCAAUCAAAUCCAAUGGCUUCCACCUCUGCUCCACAGAUGGGUAUGGGAACCCCGCCAACAUCUCAAAAUUUUGGAUUUAGAGGACCAGGAGUUCCCAAUACAACUAUGAACCAGAAUUAUUUUCCGCCUCAGCAAAAUCAGUCCUUGAGACCUCCUCAAGCCAUACCGACUGGAAUGCCUACUGGUAGCCAUUCUCGUCCACCACAAGGUGUUGGAGGUGGUAUGGGGGCUCCCAGUGUUCUAAACUCAAAUGUCUCAAGUAAUUGGCUUAGUGGAAGCACUGGUGCACCUCCUGCUGGGCCCAGAGGGCUUAGUCCUUCCAUGCCCUCAUCUACACCAAAAUCACAACCUCCAGUUUCAACAUCUUCUCUGCCGGCAGCUAAUGACUCCAAAGCAUUAGUUGUUUCUGGAAAUGGGUUUGCAUCCAAUUCAGCUUUUUCAGGUGAUUUAUUUUCUGCAACCCCCGGUCAACCAAAACAGGAAUCUUCUGGAUCAACAUAUUCUGCUAGAAGUACACCCACCUCAUCAGCCACUGUGCCAGUUUCCAGUGGGCCCCAACCUUCCAGUAAGCUUAGUGCACUUGAUUCACUGAGUGCAUUCACGAUGCAGCCUUCUGGCACUCAGUUUCAGCGGCCCCAGGGACCCUUGAACCAUAGUCAGCAGGUAUCAGCUCCAGCUUCUUCCUCUUUUGCAUCAUCUGGGGUUUCAGUUGGAGCGGGAAACUCUACUUCUGAAAAUUCACAGAUUCCUUGGCCAAAGAUGAAGCCAUCUGAUGUUCAGAAAUAUUCAAAAGUGUUUAUGGAAGUAGACACUGACAGAGAUGGGAGAAUCACUGGUGACCAGGCACGGAAUCUAUUUCUGAGUUGGAGGUUACCAAGAGAGGUUUUAAAGCAGGUGUGGGACUUAUCUGAUCAAGAUAAUGACAGCAUGCUUUCCUUGAGGGAGUUUUGCUUUUCUCUCUAUUUGAUGGAACGUUACAGGGAAGGUCGCCCUCUUCCAGACACACUCCCACAUAAUGUGAUGUUUGAUGAAACACUGCUGUCCAUGACAGGUCAACCCAAAGUCCCAUAUGGAAAUGCAGCUUGGAGUGCCAACCCUGGUUUUGGACAACAUCAAGGGAUGCAAGGUUCCCAGAUGAUGGCACCUGCUGCAGGUUUGAGGCCACCGAUGCAGUUAAGCACCCCCCAGGCAGAUGGUGCAUUGCAACCAAAUCAGCAGAAUUUGAGAGUGCAAGGGAUGGAGGGUUUGAAUACAACCCAACUUGAUAAUGGGAAGCAGGAUUCAUCUAACUCAAAACCUGAAGAGCCUAAAGAUGCAGGGAAAAAGGUUGAACAAACUGAGCAUGUGAUUUUGGAUUCAAGAGAGAAGAUGGAGUUCUACCGGACAAAAAUGCAGGAACUUGUUCUGUAUAAAAGCAGAUGUGAUAACAGGUUAAAUGAGAUCACAGAAAGGGCAAUUGCAGACAAGCGUGAGUCUGAGUCUCUGGCUAAGAAAUAUGAGGAGAAGUAUAAACAAGUGGCAGAAAUAGCAUCUAAGUUAACCAUUGAAGAAGCCACGUUUCGUGAAGUUCAGGAGAGGAAGAUGGAAUUGCAUCAAGCAAUUGUUAAAAUGGAGCAAGGAGGUAGUGCAGAUGGUAUUCUUCAGGUCCGUGCUGAUCGGAUACAAUAUGAUCUUGAGGAGCUAGUAAAGGCUCUUUCUGAACGUUGCAAGAAACAUGGAUUAAACAUGAAGUCAAGUGCAAUAAUUGAGCUCCCAAUUGGCUGGCAACCUGGAAUUCAAGAUGGAGCAGCUGUUUGGGAUGAAGAUUGGGAUAAGUUUGAAGAUGAAGGAUUUGCCAAUAAUCUCACAAUUGAUGCCUCAGCAAAAGCACAAUCUGUAUCUGUUCAGAGGGACAAGGCUUCCCCAGAUCGUAGUUCUACUCCUGAUUCAUCAUUUGCUGAUGGCAAGUCAAUGAAUGGUGAACAUGCCCUUGAAAGUGAAUCUGCUUUCACCCAUGGUGAAGAUGAAUAUGCAAGAAGCCCUAAUGGCAGUCCGGCUGGAAGGACUGCUCCAGAAAGCCCGUCUCAAGAGUUCUCAGACGUCCAUUAUGGUAAAAGUUUUGAAGCAGACGCAGAAACACAUGGAAGUUUUGAUGAGUCAACCUGGGGUGCCUUUGACAAUAAUGAUGAUACUGACUCUGUGUGGGGUUUUAACACCAAGGGGUCAGAUUCUGAGAAGCAUAGGGAUUUCUUUGGAUCAGAUGACUUUGGUCUUCACCCAGUAAGAACUGGAUCCCCCCAUGCAGAAACCACCUUUCAGAAAAAGAGCCUGUUCUUUGAAGACUCUGUUCCUAGCACUCCGCUCUCCAAAUUUGGCAACUCUCCAAGAUACAGCGAGGCUGGGGAUCACUACUUUGACAAUUUCUCGAGGUUUGAUUCCUUCAGCAGCAGCAGGCAUGACGGUGGGUUUUCUUCGCAACCGGAGAGGUUCACGAGGUUCGAUUCCAUGAGCAGCAGCAAGGAUUUCGGCCACACAAGGUUUGAUUCCAUAAGCAGCAGCAAGGACUUCGGCCAAGGGCGUGAGCAGCUCACAAGGUUCGAUUCCAUAAACAGCACAAAAGAUUUUGGCCAGAGUGCAUUUUCUUUUGACGAGACAGAUCCAUUUGGCUCAUCUGGCCCAUUCAAGGUCUCAUCAGAGAGUCAAACAUCAAAGAAAGGUUCUGAUAAUUGGAGUGCUUUCUAA